GCCAGACUGAAAUCGACAUCUCCGGUCCGAGUCAUCCCGAGCCAUGCCUUCUGCUGUGACAUCCGUCCUCCUGAUGGGGGCGCUGAUGGUCGCGUCGGCCUUUGCUCAAUCUUACGACCUGGAUGGGGUGAAUACGAUGUGCGCCAACAUGGAGCUGGAGGAGUGCUCCAGUGAUACCAUGUGCGGGGUGUACCGCCUCAACGAAAACAGCUGUGUCAAAGUACUGACCAUAGAGAAGGAUUUCGCCAACGCGGAGAUGUUGUGCCAAAUUUACCGUGGAGAUGUGGUGAAGGUGCAAAACGAGGAGGAGCACAACAAGCUGCUGUGUAUGAUGUACCGGCUGUACCGGCGGCGACUCCACUACUGGGUCAGCGCUGUGAGAGGAGACGAUGGUGGCUUCUCCUGGGCUGAUGGGAGUGGAGCCGUGACGUUUGCUCCAUGGCGUAGCGGUCAACCCGACAACUAUAACAACGGCGAGAACUGCGUGUGGAUGAACUCUGGCAGCUGGGGUCCAUGGAACGACAUCCCGUGUAGUGCGAUGGCUUCUGUGGCGUGCCAGAUGGCGAUGUGAUUGAUUGUCCGAUGGCGACCGAGAGCAGCCGCCCAGUUUUGGCUCCUCGUGAGCACAAGCAGCCAAUAAACC